AUGGCAAUAAUGUCAAGGAGGGUGAACAACCAGCAGGGGCGAACAAUCAAUCUAAACCACGCGACGGGUCUCUCUUUCAAGGGAGAAGUGUCCCCUGCAUUGAGUUCAGCGGCGAAGGAUGGCGCUGAUCAGGUAGAGCAGAGCUCUCUGGAUUUUUCAUCAGCGAAAAGCAUCAAAUUCGGGAAACAGCAGCGUCAGAAUUCUUCAAGUAGCCUUUGCGGCGUGGGUGGAACGUAUAAGGGCGGACGGAUUUCUGACUCGUCAGGGUUUCGAACAGCAAUCGCGCCAGUAGGUGUGGUCAGCGACGACGCAACUCCAUCAACGACGCCUACGACAAAGUCCGCUGCCAGUUCUGUGCCUCGGCCGGACGCUCCGUCUCCUCGUUGCCGCACGAUUCCACCUAAUCGAGAAGGAGGAGGACAGGCUGAAGAAGAAGCGCAGACCACAGCAGAUGGGGGUAGCACUGCGAAUUAUAUGCAAAGCAGUUCUACGAGCAACGGUAGAUCAAGGAGUAGUGGCUCAGGUUCGGCUGCGGUGAACUUUGAUAUUGAGCUCGGUUUACCAUCUGAGCUCGAGGUCGAUCAGCUUCAAGCAGACGCUUCGCAGCCGGAGCGCAAGGCCGCCGCUAGUGCGUUGCUAGAGGAGGUGGAAGAACGUGGAAAGAGUGUGCAUGUAGUCUCCCUCGGCUGUGGUCCCGCGACGGAACUGUGGAGUUUGAGCUAUUUUCUUCUGGCCAAAGCGCACGCCUAUUCAGGCAAUGCCAUCGCUCGUGCCGUGUUGGUGGACACUGCGCCUUGGAAAGAUCAGAUUACCAAUCUGCGCCACAGCUUCUGUGAAAAAACUGGUAUUCCCACAGAAAACAUUGAGAUGGACGUUAGACAAGAAGACGCCUUUGCGUGUGAAGUUUUCGAGCAACAAUCUCGUGGGAGUGCGUCUACCUCUACCCAAUUGGUCGUCUCCAAGAAUACUAGGACAAAUUCAUCUGCCCUGCCAAGAAGUAGUCAAGAUCUUCAACAACAGCCAAGCAACAGCUAUCUUCUUGGAUCGAAACAUCAACCGGGAGCAUCAGGGAACGACGGAAUUAUAGCAACAAAUGUCCAGCCCACGGCCGUGAACAUGAACUACGUAAUAGAGCAACGCCGUGGUGCACAGAUAAGUAGUUCAAUUCCCCAAGAGAACCAGGAGGUAGGGACCAUGAUGCCGGAGGACGCGGGCGACACUCCGCACCAGCAUGAAGCAGGUGUAUAUGUUGGAGAGGGGAAUCAUGACGUUGCCGGAGACGUCAGUGGCACCGUCGACAAUGCUGUUGCUGCUGCAUCAUCCCCGACGUCCUCGGACGUGCUUACAUCGCUGUGCGAGCAUGCACCAUUCUUGUCACCAGGAGGGGGAGCAGCAUCGACAGGAGGAGGAGGAACUAAAUGUUGCUCGACUAGUCUAACUUUGUUGACUGUGGCGGAGGGCGACAGGGUCAGUCGUCGCGUUUCGCCUCGGGCUGAGCAUUACGUGCAUUUGGACGGUUUGCGCAGCGAGCAGGGCUACACCAGCUUAAAGGUGGCAAAAAUGUCCCAGGCCGCCGCUAACGAGCACAGAGCUCCACCUUCGUCUUCACACAGAGGUGAAGUUGGAGGUGAUUCGGAACAUGCCUCCUCAGUAACACAAGCAAAAGGGGAUCCUCCUGUUGGUGCGACUCCUCCUGAGCUCUCUCCCGAUGUAGCGAAAGGAGAAUCACCUUCAGGAGGAGCACUGCAACAAGGACCAGAACAGCAUGCGCCUCAAUCUGUUGCAGAAGAAUUACUGCAAGAAAAGACUCUUGGACUUGGAAGCUUGUUUAAACGAACGCCGGCUACUCAGGCGGACGGGUGGUUUGACCGGCAGAGGCUAAACUUGCUCUUUAUCAAUCGGUGCUGUCGCGAUGUCGGGAUACCGAAAGUGCGCAAGUGGUUUCCGCGCCUAUUGACGCACCUGGUGCGCAUGGAUCUUCGUAUAGAAGUUUUUGCAGUUGAAUCGCCGGCGAUUGGCUCCUCCGUUUUCCGCCUUACCACAGCCUUGUCCGAAUACUGGAUUUGCACUGAGACACCGCUCGAGCCCGUAUCCGCAUUGAGUAUCGUUUCCUCAACUACUGCGACUGGUGCUACUGUACCAGCACCAGUUGCAGAUGUUAAAACAACUCAGAGUUCCAAAAGAACAGCAACAUCAAGUGGCCUCGCUUUUCUCUCUUCCUCCCCUGAGCAAAAACCCCGCACACUUUAUUUUUUCAAACGAAAGCCAAAAUCUCGACAGCCUCUUGGAGCCCGAAAUAAAGCGCGUGGAGGCAAGAAGCAUUAAAACAAAGAAGGAGUAGUCUAUGCCAAAGUUCAGGAGUAACGUGAAUGUGAUCAUAGUGCUAGCACCUGAAUCUUUUUCAUGUCUUAUUUUCUUUUUGUGAAGGCACGUGAAGCCGAUGGAAGUACAGUAAAACAAAUGAAAGUAGUACAGUAAGAAGAUACGCAUAAGUAACUGAAGAUAAUCUUACUAGCUUUUUGUUUGGGUCUGAAGCCCUCGGCCGAGUCCACAAGCUUCAGCUACCCACACCUAACCCAAGUUACGCUUUAUAUAUUCCGAAAAAUAAGACUAGCACUAGGAUGUAACGAAUUAUAUUGCACGUCUUGUUUGUUUCUCAGGCAAGGAAACUGUUGCAAAAUGCCUCUGAAUGUGAUUCUUGUGCAAAGAACAUUAGUAAGUGAGAUUAUGUGCUGAAAUUGAGGACAUGAAUAAAUGCGUGUCGUGGUCUAUGAGAAACAAUAUAUGUCGCUGUUGGGUAAUAACAGCGAGAUGAAUUUAAGAGGAUCAUGGUUUCUUCGUCGAUGAACAGUUCGUAGUGGCAAUCACUUAUGAACACGCAGUGAAAACACAAAGCACGCGAUCGAGAAUAGAAGAUCAUGUGGGCUCGGUGUAUCAGAGGCAGAGCGGAGUUGAAUACUUAUUUUGUCUUGCUCGCAAUAGUCAGUUUUGGUAUUUGCUGUUUGUGAGUAAUCCUAAUCGCUAUGGGUAUUUGACGGGUGCGGCAAGACAUUCCUUCGAUGAAAAUUAUUGCUUCUACGUUGCUUCCUUCGCAUUCCUUGACUACUUUACCUUGUAGUACUUUUGGUUGUACUAUCGAUCUAUGUAUCUAGUCAUCUAACUAUGUUACUUAUCGUUAUGAACCCAUCAAUCAUCCCCUAGCCCCUGCGAUUCAUUUUUUAUGAAGGAACUUUUGGUUUUGUGGCUUCGCGCUGAACUAAGAUCGUCGUUCUUGAAGUAGAAAAUUGGUACAAAACUUGACGAUCGAAGCGAAUCAUGAUCCAAAUGCAAGUCCAAGAUUUACGGGGAAAAUGCAUUGUCUACCAAAUUUCGUUGACGACAACUGAAGCAAAUGAGUGUGCGGCGAACCAUGCGGUAUAUUCUAUAGAAAGGUAC